CGGUGCGGUGCGGUGCUGUGCGGCCAUGUUAUUCAUUAACUUACAAAAAAUAAAAUUGUCGUCAUGCUUUUGCGGCUGGUCUUCGUAGUGGUGCGUUAAAGUUCGAGGUGCAUCUAAUCUCUGUCUCAGCUGUGUAUUGGGAACUGCUUGGAUGAGUGUUAUAAUUCAGUCCUCCGCCGUUUGAGAACUUGUAGUAAAGUUGUACAAUGGGAAGUGACUAUGAGGAGCUGCUGCCCCGUGUUUGUGCCGUGUUGGGAGAUACCAGCAAGUCAGUUGUUGACGAUACCUGUCUGGAGAAGCUUCUUGAUUGUUUCCAAGCAAUUACAGGAAAUGAAACUGAGCUCAGUGCUCUGCAGAAGAAUCUGUGUCUGACCAAUAUUGUAAAUGCUGCCAGGUACAAGGACCUUAAUCCAAGCAUCUUGAACUUCAUUAUGCGACUGACUGGACUACUUGCAGCUUCAGAGGAGCAUUUCUGUAAACUUGAGACUGAUGGAAUUAUGAGCUGUCUGUUUGGGAGUCCAGCGAACCUUGAAGAUGAAGCAUGGAAGGAUGCAACUGUACGCUGUGGAUGGCUCAUGGGUAUCCAGAAUAUGCUACAGCAUAGAGCUGUGAUUCAUUUUCUCUGUAAACAUGGUUAUGCUUUCUUAUCAUUUGUGCCAUUAGACUGUAUUUCCAAGAUCAUAUGUCUUCAGAGGGAUCCAAGUAUAUUCGUGGCCUCAGCAGCAAGCCAACUUCUGGCGAACAUUUUAUCUUUCUCUUUACGACAUUCUGAACUUGCUCCAUUGGAACCUAGUAGAAAAAUCCAAUUAACUGACACAAUUGGUACAAAUACUGGUUUGGACUCUACUGUUUGGUCUUUAUGUGUCUGUGCAAUUACUGAACACAUUGAAGAUUCUCUGAGAUCCAACAUCACUUCCAACAUUCAACUGACCCUGAAACUACUCUCCAAGAUUUCUGUAACCUGUGAUCCAGCUUGUAUUACAUCAUUGUGGCCUAAAGUUGAAGGAAGUUUAAAGUUACUUUUAAAUGAUGAUCUAACUAAAAUUGGUCAACCUUUGGCAGAGCUAUUCUUGAAUAUAUCCAGAGCAGUUCAAUGUGAAAUACUGCAGUCCAAGACAUGGGAAUUGCUUGGUCUCUUACUGAAGUCACUGAAUCAGGCUGAAGCAUUGGCAUUAUCUUCAGGGAUUGUAAAGCUCCAGAACUGUCCACAGCCACUUAGGAUGCAGGCUAUGACAACAGUGCUCCAGCCACUGAAUUACAUCUUUAACGUAACCAGGGGUGAUGCAGUACAGCUGGAUGAACUUUCAAAUCGCAGGGUUGAUACUGAGCAUCAUCUUUCCAAGAAAUCAACCUGCAUCAGCUUGAUCUGUCAGACACUUUCACAUCUCUGUGAACUGUUACAAAUGCCCUCUCAGGUGAUAGAUUUUCCACACCAAGCCCUGAUAAACUCAGUAUUAACUAUUCUACAGUUAUGCAUUGGCACUUCAGUUCCCACCACUUCAGCUGGUGUCAACAUUGGCAGACAUUUGAUUGGAUGCAUCAAGGUUCAGAGAGCAGGAAUGGAUGUUAUUGGUGCAGUUGUUCAUUAUGCAGUGGGAAUCAAGGAAGCAGGGAAUGCAUUAAGCCUUCUCCUUGAUUACGUCCAAAACCCAGAUACAGACUGUACUGUUUUGAAGAAAACUCUCCAUGCUUUACUUCAAUGGAUCCUAUGCAGCUUCAAAGCUGGAGAUUCUCAUAUGCGUGAAAAUAAUUUUCAAGAGUUCUUACAUGGAGAUUUCAUAUCAGUAAUGAAAAAGCGACUAUUCGAUAUUCAUUGGGAGAUUCGAGAUUCCACAGCUGAAUUCCUUGGUGAACUGUGCUUCCAUCUUAAAGCUGUUCAGAAUUUCUCUCUGUUAAUUUGGACCUGUGGACUUCCUCAUCUUGUUUUGGAGCUGCUUUCAGAUCCUGAAAGUUAUGUCCGUGCAAGUGGCAUUAUUGCAGUGGGAAAGAUGGACUAUCUCUCUCCUAAUUGGCAAACUAUAUCAAAUGAAAAUAACUUCACAGCAGUGAAGGGAAAUAUUCUUUCGUCUUUGUUGGAUAUUUUGAACCAGGAUACAGAGGGCUUUCCUAGAAGGGCUGUGGUUAAAGUGUUUGUUGAUUGGGUGAAAAAUAGCCACAAGCUCAGCUCAUGUGAAUUGGUGGAUGUGGUUCCUGUUGUUUUAAAGGUUGGAAGCAAUGAUUUGGAUUGGGAGGUCAAACUUUACAGUUUGGAAUUGGCCGAAGCUUUCAUAGAUGGAUCAACAUUCGACUUAUCAUUAAGUCCAUAUGCUGUUGCAUUGCCAAGUAACACAUGUUCAUCACAAGUGCGAGGCUUUCUACAAAAUCUCUGUGAUCUAGGAAUUUUUGAUAUCUUAUUUCAUGCUUUGUGGGACUGUGAUAGACCAGUAGCUCAGAAAGCGUGCAAGAUAUUAAUGAAACUAAAAAUGACUGCUUCACAUGCUGACAACAUAGAAAUUGCCAAGAAUCUUAAUGGAAAAGAACCAAACAGUGAAAGUUUCAACAGCUGGCUUUCCCUAAAUGAUCUAAAUUUGAAAAAUGUGAAUGAUGCAGUGAACGUUUUGAUAGCACUAGAUUUGGAAUACCAACACCAACACCUCGCAUGUAGCAGUGAUCAUAUUGAGAGUAGUCUUCAAUCUCUGCUACAAGACAUAUUGGCCACUGCUGAGAACUCUGAAGAAAAUGAUGCAGACUGCUACUGAUCUGCCUAAACUGCAUUAAAAAAAGAAUUCUAUAAUUAAGUAUGCAACUUUUAUAUAAAUAAAAUCAUAUACAACUGAUUUCUGGACUUCAGCUUGAAUAUCUGGCUUUGGUCAACAAAUUUAUUUGACCAAAGAAUACCAUCUGACAAAUUUAUAGGAUGAACCAUGAAGUCAAAGUUAUUGAAGCUAACAAGGAAUUAGACCUAUCCAGGUGAAUGCUUGAGCCUGCACACAUUGUGAGUGAGUUUAAUCUACCUUGUUAGGACCUUGCACCUUAUUGUAUACUGGCUCUGCAUUUUCUCUAUACCUUGUUACACUUUAUUCUACAUUUUGAUAUCAUUUUACCUCAUUCUGCCUCAAUGCACUGAGUAAUAAUCUGAAGUGUUUGAACAUUAUGCAAGACAAGCUUUUCACUGUGCCUCAGUACAUGUGACAAUAAUAAACCAAUUCUAUUUCCGUAAUGAGAACUGAACUUGUUAUAGUUGAUGAAUUUAUUAUUCUCUUCUUGCAUUUCACAGUUAUAAAGCAAUAAAAAUAAUUGUAUUUGGACAUUUUUUUUUUCUUAAGUCUUUGAAAAUGAAUUGGUCUUUUUCUUGUGGAACACCAUUUGUAUUUAGUUUCUUCACAAUUACAUUCUUAAGCUCAUUAAUUUUCAAAUCUCAAAAAAUCAAGCAAAACUUUACACAGAAGCGGGUUCCUUACCCAGCAAAGAAAAGAAAAUUAGAGGAUAAAUCAAGAGAAUGUAGUCUGGGGAUAUUGUGUUUCCAGUCUGAACUGUGUUGAUUAAAGUAUUUUAGCGGUACAGGUAGGGACAUGAGCUGUGAAUAUUCUGGAGUUUGAAAUAUGGGGCCUUGGUGAAAUGGAAGGUAAAUGAGUUGAUUUCAGAGUCAAAAGAAAUUUAAGAUUGCAUAUUAGCCUGAAUGGGCUGCCAGAAGGUUGAUAAGGUCUAAAUAAAACAUAGAAAUGUAAGUUGAAGCCAAAACAUUUAACAGUACCUUUACCCUGUGACAUUAUACACAGUGUCCACAAUAAAAUUGUAAACGAAGCAUUUCAAAAAAGCUGGACUAUUAUAUAAGCAGAUUUACAUUUGCUGGCAUCAGCAUUUUGAAGUUAAAGUGUCGUUUAGUAUUCUCACUGAUAUAAUUUAAUGACCAUUUGAGUUAUAUUCUGUUCGAAAUUAAACAGAUGUUUUUCAUUGCCCAAAGGACAUUUUUCAAAUGUAGAUCAUUUGAAAGCAGAACCAAAAAUGGUGGCUGCACACUGCUGUUUUGAAUCAGUCUAAUUCAUUGGUAACACUAAUUUCUGCCAUUGUUGGCUGUAAAGUUCUGAUUUCACUAAGAUUUAUUUUAGCUUAGUUCAGUCAAAUUUUGUUGAAAGCUUGUUAAUUAUAGAGAAUAAACAUGCUAUUAAUUUUAGUGUAAGUAUUUUUUCACUGAAGAAUAUUUCAUUCUCAGUUAACUAUAUCAGAAUCAGGUUUAAUGUCUCUGGUAUAAUGUAAUUUGUUAUGCGGUAGCAGUACUUUGCAAUACAUAAUAAAAUUAAAUUACAGUAAGAGGUAUAUAUAUUUUUAAAAGUUAAACAAGGGGUGCAAAAAGAGAAGAAAAAAAAAGUGAGAUAGUGCUCAUGGGAUUAAUGUCCAUUCAGAAAUCUGAAGGCAGAGAGGAAGAAGCAAAUCAUUGAGUGUGUGCCUUCAUGCUCCUGUACCUCCUCCCUGAUGAGGUGGGUGAUGGUCUUUAUUGAUGGAUGCCACCUUUUUGAGGCAUUGCUCCUUGAAGGUGUCCUGGAUGCUGGGGAGGUUAGUGCCCAUAACUGAGUUUACCAUUUUCUGUAGCUUAUUUCAAUCCCGUCCAGUGCCCUACCCUCCCCCCAGCCCAUACCAGACAGUGAUGCAAUCAGUCAGAAUGUUCUCCACGGUGCAUUUGUGGAAAUUUGUGAGUGUCUUUGGUGACAUACGAAAUCUCCUCAAACUCCUAAUGAAAUUUUGCUGCUGUCAUGCCUUCUUUGUAACUGCAUCGAUAUGUUGACACCCAGGAACUUGAAGUUUAUAUAUUUUGGUUCUGCCACAGUUCUGGUAGUAUCUUGUUUGUUUCUGCAUUUUGAUCCUUAAGGCUCACAAAUGUUGCUCUUUACUUUCCUGUAAAUGAUGGAGAACUUAAUUUUCAUUAACUGCCAUAUUCUAAAAUUAACUUGUUUUUUUCCCCUGCAGGCACUGCAUGAUGUGCUAGAAAUUUCCUGCAGUCUCCUUUAGGUUUUAAAUUUAAAUAAUCACUCUGGCCAGCAUUUCACAACAUUAAUUAACCUUUUUUUGAUUUUCUCCUUUUGUAUUUUCCUCAGUAAUCUUUAGAGAUAAGGAUCAUCUGAGCAAUCUUGGCCUUUGUCCUAUCCAUCAAUUCCCUCUUUGCAAUUUAAAGCUAACCUGGUCUCUCUCCCAGAUCUGAAGAAUGGUCUUUGAUCUACACUAAUUGUGCUUUCUGCCUGAUAUGCCAAGUGUUUGUUUUAUAGUGUCAGCUUUUAAAAUAAAAACAAU